AUGUUACCACAUGGACAUACCACAUCCUACUUUUUUGCUGCUAGUGUUCAAAUAUUAUUUUUAGGUUUGGGUUGUUUCGACUUUAUAUUUAGUCCAGAAGAUAUGGCAGACUGUCCGUUACCGGAUGGAUAUAAGCCACUAUUACUGCCCAGAUUACUCGAUAUUGAAAAUUCUAUCGUACCUUAUCCAUAUAGAGCCUAUUUAGUUAAUUAUAACGAUAUACAAAAUUAUGUUCAUAAAAGACAAAGUACAAAUUCAACAAAUAUUCUAUGUGAUUUGAUCAAUGAAUAUCAUCUUGAUACUUCAUAUACUCUAGAUGAUUAUAAACUGAUUUUACCAAAAGAUAGUAGCGGAUUCCCUUUAUCAGUAAUCAAUCAUCGAUCAUCGUUGACCAUCAACUUUGAUUUUGAAGUUUUAAAUAGAAUCCCAAAUCAUAUAAAUGAACAAUUUGAUAUCCAAUUAUUUAUAUUAGAUACAACGGAAAUCUUUUCAGUACGAAUACUGUCGAAUAAAAUUGAUACUCGAACACGAACUGCUAUUAAAAAACAAAUUGAUAUUGACGAAUCGAAAUUUUUUAAAACUAUUGAUGGAACCGAUGAAUCAACUAUACAAUUAUUUGGUAAUAGAACCUAUUUAGUUCUUACAAAAUCCAUCGAACAAUGGUCCGAAUAUGCAAUCAUUGUUGAUAUUUCUAUAUCUAAUUUACCGGCAACUGAUGAAUAUUUCACAAUUUUCUCGACAAAUUCACAAUCCGAAAUUUAUACAACACAUCGUGGAAAAAUUCGUCUAUUUAGUAAUGGACAAGUAAACAAGAGUAGAACACCAUUACAAUUAAAUGAAUAUAUGCGUUUGCUUAUUAAUAUUCCAAAUGACAAUGUUGAAAUUAAUAUUAAUGGAAUAUUGCAGAUAUGUGCCAAUGUUGAUCAUGAUCAAUUUCUAAUAAAAACCAAUCGAAUUGAUCUAUUUCGAGAAGUAGAUUUGACGAUGAAUACUUUAAACGAUGAAGUACUUCGAAUUCAAUGUAAAUCGAUUACAUUUCUAAAUCGAUCAAUAAAGGUUGAUUUGAUUAAUAAACAAAUGAAAUCAUCAAACUAUUCAUUAACAUCAUUGGUUGCACCAACUUGUCCAAUGAUUCCAUCAAAUUUAAUUUCUAUUGCUUAUAAAGAUGAAUGGAUAAAAUUUUUUAUAAAAGAAAAUAAUACAACAAAUAUUCAAUUUAUUGAUACGAUUAUACGAGAAUAA